GUUCCCCCUUUAUUCUCUCCCACUGAAUACUAAUGUACUGCCGGUGCUGUAGUCAUCCCUCUCUCUCUCUCUCCCUGCCUCCCUCUCACCAUCCAUCCAUCCUCCAGUAGAGAGAGAGAGAGAGAAAGAGAGAGAGAAAGAUAGAGAGAGAUAGUGAAGGCAGUGGUACUGCUUAGCAUUAGCUAGAAGGUGAGGGUUUCUGUGUGUGUGUGUGUGUGUGUGUGUGUGUGUGUGUGUGUGUGUGUGUGUGUGUGUAUGUGUGUGUUAGACUGUGUUUAACAGGUAGCAAUACAGAGUCAGGCAGCAGUGUGCGUGUGUGUGUGUGUGUAUGUGUGUGUAUGGUUGGGGUCUCCCUGUCUAAAUCUCUGUUCAUCCCUCCAUCCGGAGCAAUAAACGAGAAAAGGGACAUAUCUGGAGUCUUCACUCUAUUCUUCUUCACCCAGCUUGGAGGUAUAAAAGGGUCCACCCUGACCGUGGAGAGUGCUUGACCUUUCAUCAUAAAGAACCUGAGAAGGAUCCAAGUGCUUCAUUCUCAUCAUUCUGUGCUGAUGAUUUAUUCAUCAACACUUUUACUUUAAAAUUGUGUGUACAUAUGUGUGUGUGUGGUGUAUGUGUGAGGAUAUGAUAGCUGGAGUGUUUCGUCAGGUUUCACCACCAUGCUGCGUCUGAGCUGCAGGGAUGAGAGCGUGGCUGGACUUACACAAGGUCUCUCAUUCCUCCUCCAUCAUGCUAUUUUAUGGUCGUUGCUGUUUGUCUCCGCCCACUCUGGGGCAGCGGGCGUGUCACAUGUCACGAACCCCACCUUCAUCCAGUUUGCCCCGCCCUUUUUUGUUUUCACGUCAUACUUCCCUACUCCUUCUUCUCCUUCUGCUGGUUUCAUCUCCUGGCUGUCAAUCAAGGCGGGACCGAGGGUCUGGGGGUGUGACCAAUUACAUUCCAGGGGUGUGGCCUGACCCGGGUCUCCAGCAGCGGCCGUGGUCCAAGCAGUGGGUGGGGUCGAAGCUGCUGCAGGGCCUCACCAUCGCUGUGGUCCUGGUGGGAAACUCGAGCGAUGUGACUCUGUAUGGAACAAGGGAUAACAAAGAGGAGUGGAGAGAUCAAGGGAACGAUGGGUUCAUGAACGAAGGGGUGGGGAACGUGGAAGUGGUGCGGAUGAACGAAACAGACCCGAGCAGCAUUAUCAAGAGCGUGUGUGACCUCAUGACUCAGCACUGGCUUCAGGGAGUCGUGUUCGGUGACGACACGGACCAGGAGGCCAUCGCCCAAAUCCUCGACUUCAUCUCUGCUCAAACACGUACACCUGUCCUCGGUGUGAAGGGAGGAUCCUCCAUGAUCAUGGCAGCUAAGGAUGACAAUUCCCUGUUUUUCCAGUUUGGUCCAUCCAUUGAGCAGCAGGCGUCAGUGAUGUUGAACAUUAUGGAGGAAUAUGAUUGGUACAUUUUCUCCAUCGUCACCACCUACUACCCUGGAUACCAGGACUUUGUCACCAAGAUCCGCAGCACUAUAGAGAACAGUUUUGUGGGUUGGGAGCUGGAGGAGGUUUUACUGUUGGACAUGUCAGUGGAUGAUGGAGACUCCAAAAUCCAGAAUCAGCUGAAGAAGCUCCAGAGUCCCGUCAUCCUGCUCUACUCCACCAAAGAGGAGGCCAACAUCAUCUUUGAGGUGGCGCAUUCUGUCGGGCUCACUGGAUAUGGAUACACCUGGAUCGUACCAUCUCUUGUGGCGGGGGACGCUGACCACAUUCCUGCAGAGUUCCCUACAGGUAUGAUCAGUGUUUCAUAUGAUGAGUGGGAUUAUGGGUUAGAGGCACGUGUGCGUGAUGCUGUGGCUGUUAUUGCCACGGCAACGUCAGCCAUGAUGAUGGAUCGUGGACCUCACACACUUCUGAAGUCAGAAUGUCAUGGAGCUCCAGAAAAGAAGGGCACAGGAAACACUAAUGAAGUGCUCAGGUAUUUGAUGAAUGUGACGUUUGAAGGUCGUAACCUGUCAUUCAGUGAGGAUGGAUAUCAGAUGCAUCCCAAACUCGUCAUCAUUCUACUGGACAAGAACAGACAGUGGGACAGAGUGGGAAAGUGGGAGAAUGGCUCCCUGAUGAUGAAGUAUCAUGUGUGGCCACGGUUCGAACUGUACUCGGGGGAAGAGAGUCGCCAGGACGACCACCUGUCAAUCGUGACUCUGGAGGAGGCGCCUUUUGUCAUUGUGGAGGAUGUCGACCCUUUGAGUGGAACCUGCAUGAGGAACACUGUACCCUGCAGGAAACAGCUGAAAAUACUUAACCAGACAGCUGAAUCUGGUGUGUAUAUAAAACGCUGCUGUAAAGGGUUCUGCAUUGACAUCCUGAAGAAAAUCGCCAAAUCUGUGAAGUUCACCUACGAUCUUUACCUUGUCACUAACGGCAAGCAUGGCAAGAAGAUCAAUGGCACGUGGAACGGCAUGGUUGGGGAGGUGGUGUUGAAAAACGCUCACAUGGCUGUCGGUUCUCUCACUAUAAACGAGGAAAGGUCAGAGGUCAUCGACUUCUCAGUGCCUUUCAUUGAAACUGGAAUCAGUGUCAUGGUCUCCCGCAGCAAUGGCACCGUGUCACCAUCAGCAUUUCUGGAGCCCUUCAGUGCAGACGUGUGGGUGAUGAUGUUCGUCAUGCUGCUGCUGGUUUCUGCCAUCGCUGUGUUUGUGUUUGAAUAUUUCAGUCCUGUGGGCUACAACCGCUGUCUCGCUGACGGAAGAAACCCCGGAGGUCCGUCAUUCACUAUCGGAAAGGCGAUCUGGCUGCUGUGGGGUUUGGUGUUUAACAACUCGGUUCCUGUACAGAACCCCAGAGGAACGACCAGUAAGAUCAUGGUGUCUGUGUGGGCUUUCUUCGCUGUGAUCUUCCUGGCCAGCUACACUGCCAACCUUGCAGCUUUCAUGAUCCAGGAGGAGUACGUGGACCAGGUCUCGGGUCUCAGCGACAAAAAGUUCCAGAGACCUAAUGACUUCUCUCCUCCGUUUCGGUUUGGUACUGUGCCAAACGGCAGUACCGAGAGGAACAUCCGUAAUAAUUAUAAGGAAAUGCACUCGUACAUGGUGAAAUUCCACCAGCGCAACGUUGAUGAAGCUCUGCAGAGUCUGAAAGCUGGGAAGCUGGAUGCGUUUAUUUACGACGCUGCCGUGCUGAACUACAUGGCAGGUCGUGAUGAAGGCUGCAAGCUGGUGACUAUCGGCUCUGGGAAAGUGUUCGCUUCCACCGGAUACGGCAUCGCCAUCCAGAAAGACUCGGGAUGGAAGAGACACGUGGACCUGGCUAUCCUACAGCUGUUUGGAGAUGGCGAGAUGGAGGAGCUGGAGGCGCUCUGGCUCACUGGGAUCUGUCACCAUGAGAAGAACGAGGUGAUGAGCAGUCAGCUGGACGUGGAUAACAUGGCAGGUGUGUUCUACAUGCUGGGGGCAGCCAUGGCCCUGUCGCUCAUCACCUUCAUCGCCGAGCACAUCUUCUACUCUCACCUGCGAUUCUGCUGCAUGGGAGUGUGUUCAGGAAAACCCGGCUUCACCUUCUCCAUCAGCAGGGAAGUGUACAGCUGCAUCCAUGGUGUUGAGAUUGAAAACAAGAGCUCAACUAUGAAUUCCCCAUCAACCACCAUAAACAACACACACUCCAACAUCAUGCGUCUGCUGCGCACAGCUAAAAACAUGGCAUCCAUGUCCGGGGUGAACGGCUCCCCCCACAGUGCGCUCGACUACUUACGUCGUGAUUCGUCGGUCUAUGACAUCAGCGAUCAGCGGCGUCACUCGGAGUGCAGGGUGCCGUACCUGUCCGAGAACAAUGACAAUAACGCAUUUAGUGACUAUAUUGAUCAGGUCGAGCGCACCUUCGGAAACCUGCACCACAACGAGAGUGACCUAUACCUGCACAGACGCUCGGGCUCUGUCCCUGGCCCUGCCCCCAGCCUGGGUUCUAGCAGCUCAUUGGAUGGUGCUAUUUUUGACUGCCCAGCCCUCACACACAGAAACAUGAGCAACUUCGAUCUCCUGCAGGGACAUGCACCAUUAGGACUGCCAGAGCCAUACACGAAGUUCUCCUUUAAAGGUGGGACUUCAGGAUACAUCCCAGCCUAUGAUCGCUAUGGCGAUGGAGACAACAUGUCUGACAUUUCCACUCACACCAUAACCUAUGGCAACCUGGAGAGUGACAGUAGAAAGAGAAAGCAGCACGGUGAAAGUCUGAAGAAGCGGCCUGCUUCGGCUAAAUCACGGCGAGAACUGGACCAUGCCCACCUUGGUUACCGACGGAGACUGCACCAUGGGCAUCACCGUCACCAUGGACACCGCUCCGUGUCUCCACCUCUCUCAGAACACAAAAUGAGAGGAGGAGGUGGAUCUUUGUCCUUCCUGUACCAGGAUAAAGAAAGUCUCCGUGAUUUUUAUCUGGACCAGUUCCGUCCCAAAGAGGGAGUGCCCCAGUGGGAGCAUGUGGAUUUAACUGAUGGGCCAAGUGGUGCUGGGGCUGGAGGUGGGGUCAAUUGUACUAGCCUGGUGCCUGUAGAUGACUUCCUGAAAAGCAAACCAUCAAAGGUGGAAUCGAAAGUGGGAGGAGGGGAAUGGGAGUGUCGAAAUUGCCGUGCUAGCAGUGCAGGAAGCAAACGAAUGACACAGCACACAGGGGGCGGGGCUUAUGGAGCUGGUGGAAGCAAUAGCUGUGUGGCAUCAGGAGUUGUGGGUGGGGCCAGCCGUCCCACUUCAGCCACAUGCAUGCGCUGUGAGGCUUGUAAGCGUUCAGGCAACUUGUACAACAUCAGCGAGGAUAGCAAUCAUGUAUUGGAGCAGAUAAGUGGGCGGGGUCAAACACCGUCACAGCGGCGACGAGCGUUUAGUGCGAGACCUUUACGCAGGCAGCAUUCUUAUGAUGCCUUCAUGGACCUGCACAGGGAUGAUGAAGGACUAAGCUUGCGAGCAGGGGAUGGGGCUGUGGAUGAUGUAAGCGGGGCUUUUUUGCCUCCUCGCAGUGUGAGUUUGAAGGAAAAGGAUCGCUGUAUGGAGGGCUCUUUCUCCCAUUUAUUUGACACCCAGCAGUUUUAUAGCCCCGCACACCACUCCCUGAGUGCAUUCCGAGGGGAAAGAGACCCUUACUUCCUGUCAAAAUCUCUCUAUCCUGAUCACACCAAUCACAAUCCAUUUGUGCCAACAUUUGGAGAUGAUCAGUGCUUGCUGCACGGCGCUAAAACAUACUAUACAAAAAAGCAGCAGCGUUCUGAUCAGAGGAACCCAGGAAAUUCUUCUGGGAUCUCAUCAUUCCUUCCCUCAUCUCGAUUCACCAAUCAGCACCCGGCUCUCGGGCCGCCUCGACCUUUUAACAGCACCAAUGGCCAUGUGUACGAAAAACUCUCCAGCAUCGAGUCGGAUGUGUAGAUGCACAAUAGGAAGUGAUGGAUAGAACAGUAAAUCAGAGGUGAAGGAUGGAUAGCUUUGACCAAAAGGGCUGAAUGGGUUGGGGCUGGAGACGGGGUGAACUGCACCAGCCUGGUGCCUGUAGACAACACAGUGUUCCUGCACCAAAGGAAGUGAAGAUCAUGCUACAGAGGAGUGAUUAGAGAAGCGGCCAUCUGGAACGAUGUGAACGACAGUACAGAGUGAGAAAGAGAGAGAGAUUGUUCACUUUUUCUAUUUCCUGUCCUCUCUCCUCUUUCCUAUAGAUUGAUGGCAUCUGAGUCGUACAAAACUCUAACAGGGUAAUAAACGCUAACAACCACAAUAAUGCUACCAAUAACAUUGUGAUUAGCCAGGCUGGUACGGAUGAUGCUAAUGCUAAUGCUAAUGAUGUGUAGAAGUCUUAUUUAUUUAUUUAUUUAUUUAUUUAUUUAUUGAUUUAUUCAUUUGUUUACUUAUUGUGGUUACAUUUUCAAAUUUCAGCUAUUUUGCCAUUCUUAUAUCUAUAGCUGAGGGACAAAAUCCCCAAUGAACACACACACACACACACACACACACACACACACACACACACACACACACACACACAUUGAAUGAUGGGGAAAUAUGAGGAAGAAAUUACAAAUGAUGGUUGUUGGGAAGUGGAGACACUUGUCUCUGUUGUAAAUACCUGUACAACACACACACACACACACACACACACACACACACACACACACACACACACACACAAACACACACACACACAACAUAUAACUUGAUAUUAGGCAUGAGCCGAUAAUCGAGUACAAAGUGUAUUGUGCCAUUCAAUUUUGUUACUACUUUAAAAUAUUGUAUAGUUUGAAUGUUGUUGUGUUCCAUUGUGUAGUAGGCUGCCUAGGUAGGGUGCAUUCUCAGGCAGGGAGAUAAAGCUCCUUAGCAAAGAAGAAGGGCUCCAAAGUGUUCUCAGAGAAUCUCACAGUCCCAUAGUUCAGUUUGCUGGAAUGAUGCUGAAGGUUUGAGGAACACGGUGGAGAAAAAAGUGGCACUUUGAAGUAAGUAAGUGAUUUUUUUAAACCCAACUAUCGUAAUAAUAUCGUAAAUCAUGAUAAAAAGCUAAGCACUAAUCAUGAUGCGGUAAUUUUAAUAUGGGCAAAUGCCUCCCUGAUAUACAGGACACACCUUUGGUACACUUUUUACAAAACUGAACAAUGUAUUAAAAAAAAAAGAAAUAAUAAGAAUAAGAAUAAAAAAAUCUACAAAAAAACAAACAUAUGCAAACGAGUAGUUAAGACUGAACUAUUACUCAUGAUAAGUGAUAAUAAUAAUAAACCAUAAUAGAUUCUUUGCUUUUAGAUUUCUUGCUUAUUACCUGAGUAGAGUUAAGAGACACUGAUUUAGGACACUGCAGCUUUAAAAGCCGACUUUUCUUAACUGUGUUAUGUUUAGGGCACUUUAAUAAGUUUCCCUUAAAUUGUGUUUGACGUGUUUGGAUAGGACACACUCUACACACACUUCUCACACUUUGUUCUUUCUCUCUCUCUCACACACACACACACACACACACACACACACACACACACACACACACCCUACUGCUGCUUUACUUUAAUUCAAUUUAGCACCGGUUAUCCAUUACAUUUAGGCUUUGUCCCAAAUGCUAGAGUUUGAUCCAAACAUUUAGUCAUGCAGAUAUUGAGACUAGAAAGAAGAAAGCAACACAACCUAUUGCUGUUGCUAAACAGACCUGCAUAACACUAAAAUCUCGAACUUAGCGUGUAAGUAACUUUACACUCAAGAAAAACAUGAAGAAAUGUUUUAGAUCAGACUAGGAAGUGAGGAGACUAACCUAUUGGUUAUGCAGAAAUUCUAGGAGGGUAAGACAAUGAUACAUCAGUGGGAUUUGAACAACCAUGAGACAAAAGCACAAAAAGAUAGCAGUGCCUUGUGGAAAUGUUGAGAGUUUGACGUGAGAAUUAGGCAGCGAUGCCAGGGAUGAGGCUCUACCUCCACCAUGCUUCACAUGGUGUUCUCAGGUGAUGAGAAUGACCUAAGUGUGAUGUGUAUGACCUGAGAACUUUUUCUUACAUCGGGUCCCCAGUUUUUUAAACAUUUAGUAACAUUUAGGCUGUUUCGUGUAGAUUCAUUACAUACGCUAUGUCAUAGUAAACAUUUACGUCCAUUUCCAGGUUUUAACUCUACAAAAUGUUCAAGUUCAAGGGGGUGAAUACUUAUGCAAACCACAGUAUUAUUGAAAGAAUGGAAAUUAAACACCAGAUAUAAUGAAAUAUUUGUUGUAGGUCAUGUGGUCAGAGAUGGUAUACACCAGAGGCAUCACUAAUAAAAUGCUAGCAAUUUGGCUAGUUAGCAGUUAGCAUGUGAGAUUAGCGCUCUACAGAAAUCAACUAGAGACUGAGGACAGAGACGCUAAACACUACCUCCGGCUCAUUAAAUUCCUCAUGAUGGAGCUUUAAGCUUACACUUUAUUUAACACUCACCUGAAUGGAACGUUUGUAAACUGACACUAAAACACAAUGCAUUAUGGGUAGUACACACACACAAAACCAAGACAUGGAGCAUUAAAAAGGCAUUCAACAAAAGCACUAACUACACAUGAAUUCUGGAUCUGAGACAAAAUGGCAGAUGAUGGAGGAAAAAGCACAGUAACUAGUGAUUAAUGCUAGCAUUUGGGACAAAGCCAUAGGAACUUUGGCUUUACUUGAACUUGAGUUUAUUUCUCAUGCUAAUGUACUGUAUAAACCAAGGCCUAGCACACAAGGAAUGUUUUACUCACACACACACACACACACACACACACACACACACACACACACACACACACACACACACACACACACACACACAC